UUGCAGUCAAGGCGCGCGGUCGCGUUUAAAUUAAAAAAAUACAAUAAAUAAAAUAAUAAUAAAACCGCUCGCCACGCAUGCGCAGUUCAUCAUCGCGUGUGUGUGAAUUGGCCAACGAUUCAAUCGAUUGCAAUUGGCUUUUUGCAAUACAUAAUAACAAUAAAUUAUGACGAAAUCAAAUUUAAGCCAAAGGUAUUGCGCCAUCAAGAUCAGAUCUUAGGUUAGAGCAAUAGAAAAAUAAUCUAAAGGUGAACUGCCACUGAAAGUGAACGCAAUGCGGGAACAACAUGGUGACAACAAUUAAGAUAACCUGCGAUGGCGUCUUCAUCCAAUCCAACUCGUACCUUAUGCCCUCGCCUGCUCCACGUGGAGAAGGUGCAGCUGGAUCGUCAUCCUCAGAUCGGGCACUGAAAUCUGCGUCUUCAUCUCCUUCCAAUUCGAACAACGAAAGUGACAAUUCGCAGACGAGCAGUGGCAGUCAGACGGCGUCCAGUACCAGCAAGCGAUCAAAUCGUUCGGUGGGCCGUAGUCAUCGAGGAUCGGGAACGCAGGACACAAGGCGACGUUAUUAUUUUGGAAGCAAGGACAUCUACUGGUGCAAGCAGAGUCGGGAGGCUUCGGGAGCGGGAACACUCUCGGGAUCGGGAUUAUCGCGAAGCGCCAGCACUGUCACCCACAAGGAGGCGGCUACUCACGCCACCCACAGUGGUGGACAGGUUAUCUCCCGGGCUCGUCGCAAGCCCAUACUCCUUUGCAGUAGCCUGAGCGCUGCUUAUGCCCCACCUCGCCGGCGGGAGUUUUACUUUUGCGACAAAUAUGCGCCAAAUCCUGGAAGGAGUACACCUACAAUACCCCCAUCAUCCUCGUCAUCUGCCAAACACGAAUCCUCCCCGCCCAUUGACGCACGUCUGCUAAACUUCCUGCGUUGUGCCCAUCGGAAGUUCCAGGCGACCAAAACCAAAACGGAGUUCCAACAAACCAAAGACAGAUCCUUGGGAAAUUCCCGUGAAAGGACAAAGAAAAUCGGACAGCAGACCUCACGUUCACUGCCGCCCAUUGCCAGCUCGGAGGAGUGGUUCGACGAAGAAGCCCUAACCAAGGAAAAGAGCCAGGAGAAGGUUCAAAAGUCCAAGCAAAAGAUUCAGGAGGAGGACGAUAAGGAGAAAGAACCCCUCUCGAGGAAGGCGUCCGGUGAGGGUGAUCUAAUCACCGUUGAGAUCAAACAGGGACCGCUGAGGAAGCAGACGGCAACCACGACGAUCGGCACGGCUAUGAAUAGCCACGCGACCGCCACGCAAAACGGACAAACCACGGUCGUCGGACACCAUCGCGGAUUCUCGCAGCCCUCGGUGACGGUGGCCGCAACAGCGGCGACGGGCAGUACAGCCGGCGAUCCAUGGUUCCUCCAGACCACCGGCCACCAGAUGCCGCCAACAGCUCCGUUGCGGCAUAACAAGCGUCCUGCCCCCCAACCCAAUACGGUUUUGGGAGCAGGAGCCACUGGCACAACAUCUGGAUCGGCAGUUGGGGCGGUGCUUCUCCAUCAGCAGCAGCUUAGCCAGUCCCAGCCGCACAUUGUGCCGCCAAGCAUACCGCCGCACCAUCACCACCAUCGCGAGAACAAUGUGCAUCCCAGCCAGGCGGGCGCGGCAGCCGCAUUGCAUUUGUCAUCGCAUGCUCUUAAUAGUCAUAAUUUAAUCAGCAGCGCCAGCAAUCAUUCGCCCAAGUCCCCCAGCCAGACGCAACAGCAGCAACAGACAACGAGCCAACAGCAGCAGCAACAACAGGCGUCACACAAUAUAUUGUCAACGUUUGCUCCUGCUCCCACUGUUGCCUCCGUUGGUCAGCCGGCGGGAUCGCAGACGGUGGCCGGUACGGCUGCAGCAGUGGCUGCCGUUGCUCAGCAGCAACAACAGCAACACCUUCAGCUGCUGGCCAACUGUGCGCCUGGUGGAGCGGGGCUGAUGUCCUCCUCACUGAAUGCUGCCCAAAUGGCCUUGCACGGCACCGAGCGUGCGCUGCCGCCAAAGAGUCUGGCGCUCACUGGAAGCCAGCACGGCAGCAAUAUGCUGCUGCACACAGCCACCCAACCAACACAGGCAUCCCAGCCGGCGGCGGUGGUCGGUGUUAGUGGCAGCGGGUCGACGGGCAUGUCCACCUCGCUGCACAGCUUCGACAUCAAUGGGGGCGCUGCUACCAGUGGGGUGAAUGCGACCAGUGCGUGGUCCAGCGGAUCCACCACGGCCAUGAACCACGCCUCCCUCUCGCCCACAGCGAUGGCACCGCAACAAGGUCGUUCCAGAUGUGAGGUCAAAUUAAACGCAAUGCCAUGGUUCCAUGGCAGCAUAACACGGGAUGAGGCAGAGCAUCUGCUGCAGCCCCGUGAGGACGGAUUGUUCCUGGUGCGCGAGUCCACCAAUUUCCCCGGCGACUACACUCUCUGUGUUUGUUUCCAGUCCAAGGUGGAACACUACCGGGUUAAGUACCUGGAGAACAAGCUAACCAUCGACGACGAGGAGUAUUUCGAGAAUUUGGGUCAGCUAGUGGCGCACUACGAAGCGGAUGCGGAUGGGCUUUGCACUCAGCUCAUCAAGUGCUUGCCCAAGCUGGGCAAACAAGAGUUCUGCAUUAACUCCAAAGAUUUUGUGGACAAAGGCUGGGUGAUCCCUGAGGCGGAGCUGCAGCUGCGCGAGAGCAUUGGCAAGGGCGAGUUUGGGGACGUGAUGCUGGGCAUAUUACGCAACGAGAAGGUGGCCGUUAAGAUGCUGAAGGAUGAGGGUGCCGUGCAAAAGUUUCUGGCCGAGGCCUCGGUCAUGACCACUCUGGAGCACGACAAUUUGGUAAAGUUUAUCGGCCUGGUAUUCACCAGCAAGCAUCUGUAUCUGGUUACGGAGUACAUGAGCAAGGGAUCACUGGUUGAUUACCUGCGAUCACGCGGACGACAGCACAUAACCAAAAAGGAUCAAAUCAUUUUUGCCUACGACACUGCCUCUGGUAUGGAGUAUCUGGAAGCCAAAAAGGUUGUGCAUCGCGAUUUGGCGGCUCGCAAUGUCCUCAUCUCGGAGGACUGUGUCGCCAAAGUAUCGGAUUUCGGUUUGGCCCGCGAGGAAUGCUAUAAUCUUGACGUUGGCAAGCUGCCCAUCAAAUGGACGGCUCCCGAGGCUCUUAAAAAUGGGCGCUUUUCCAACAAAUCAGACAUGUGGAGCUUUGGCAUACUGCUAUGGGAAAUCUACUCCUUUGGUCGCGUGCCUUAUCCACGAAUUCCAUUAGCCGAUGUGGUAAAGCACGUUGAGGUGGGCUAUAAAAUGGAAGCGCCGGAAGGCUGUCCACCAGAGAUCUAUGAAAUGAUGCGCCAGGCCUGGGACUUAAAUCCGGCCAAGCGGCCCACUUUCGCGGAGCUCAAGGUUAAAUUGCAGUUGCUGAACAACGCUACGGCGUGAGGAGACACUGAGAUAUGGACGCCAGGGCGAUAAGGAAGAACUAAAGAGGAUUGUUCAGACCAGCUGUCAUCAAAGCCAAGAGCAGAGCCAAUCCCUGCCAGAUCCAAAGCUGAAACUGACAUGACACCGACACUGAACGCAACAAUUUUUCGUACGAUUAUAUACAUACAUGAAUAUAUAACUACUUUACAACAAUUUAUUUACAUAUAUAAUUUAUGGAGUAAGUUUUGUAAGCCUAAGCGAAGGAACCCAACACAAUCAAGCAAUGUUAGUGAGUUGCGCCAGCUUCCGACAUAUAAUUAAUUGAUAACCAAUCGAACGGACUACAAGAGGAGGAGGAAAAGGAGCUACGUAGCCUACCUACUACUACCUUUAAAUACCACAAUAUUAUGUUAUGUGUAAACUGUAACUGUAGCUAUUUAUUAGUUAACUCCUUGGUUCGGACUCGGACUCUACUAUAACAUUUAUCUUCUGGAUUCGUAACCACGUCUGUAUCUUUAUGUUAUAGAAUACGCAUACAUAUGAGCGCCUCCUUUCUUUUGGGGGAGCCUAUCUAAAGCAAUUGUUUAUAUAAUGUUUCCCUUAAAAAUCGUAGAAGUUCACGUCAAAUUUUAUUCGAGUUCCGUACUCUUUCUGUUAACCAUUUCUGUUUGUAGCACAAAACUGAGGGAUGACCACAAAGAACUUGUCCAACAAGUUGUUGGAACAAUCACGCUGAGAAUUAGUUAAAUUUAGUUACAUUUAUUUGUAUUAAAAAUAUAAAAAGAAAAUGAGCAAGCGAAACAUAAGCAAAAAAAAUGAACGAAGGCGGCUGCGGCCGCGUGUCCUUAAACUCAAAGAUAUAAAAAAAGUAAAGAGAAAAAAACACUUGUGAAAAUAUGCAUUACAUUAAAACUUCUACAUACAAUACAAUAAACAUUAACUACGUAUUUAGCAUAUGAAUCGAUUAAUAAUAUUAUACAAAUAUAAAUUAUUACACGCAAA